AUGCAUCGCCAUUCUACCCCUUACCGACCAAAAGCCAAUGGAGUCAUUGAAGCGGUGAACAAGAACAUCAAGAAGAUUCUUAGGAAGAUGAUCCAAGGUUCCCGGCAAUGGCAUGAAAAGUUGCCUUUUUACUCUUUUUGGGAUACCGCACAACUAUUCGCACAUCUGUUGGUGCAACUCCGUAUCUGCUUUUUAUAUGGAACUGAAGCUGUAAUACUCGCUGAAGUCGAAAUUCCCUCUCUCCGAAUUAUUGUGGAAUCAGAGGUUGAAUACACUGAGUGGGUCAAGACCCGAUUAGAACAACUGAUGUUGAUCGAUGAAAAACGGCUAGCAGCAGUGUGUUUCAACCAGUUAUACCAGCAAAGAAUGGCACGCGCUUACAAUAAGAAAGUGCGCCCAAGCUAG